UGAACAUCAUGUUCAUCACAGCGGCCGUGUUCACGGUGACGGGCGCCGUGGUCGCCGUUCGCUCGGCGUUCGGCGCGGAGCCCGAGGACGCGUGGGCGCUUCCGCUCGAGGAAGACCUCCAGGCGAGCCGCAAGCGCCUCUACUGCUUCUUCAACCACUCGGCGCACCGGCGUCCCGAGCCCGUGCGCUUCGGCGUCGACAGCAUACGCGUCGAGCUGUGCGACGACAUCGUCUACUGCUACCUGGGCGUCGACCCGGCAACCGCCAACAUCGUCAGCAAGGAUCCUAAGUUUGACAUCCAACAAGAAGGCCUCAGAAAGUUCACCAGACUGCGGGAUAAAGGUAACAAAACAUGAAUAGAAGUUGGCCCGUUGUCAUUUGAGGCUUACACGUUGAGCGCGACAUGUGCUUGUCUGUUUC